AUGGGCCCAUAUACCGCCUCGUUAGAUCCUAAAAAGAAAGAAAUCAGACAGCUUGUUCUCCAGCCCCUCAAAGCUGGAAACGUAAUUCAGUGCUCGACUGAAACGAUAUCCUUAUUGGAGCAACCCGAAUUUGAAGCCUUAUCUUAUGUUUGGGGGGAUGCAUCAAUUCGACAAACCAUCACAUUCAAUGGUUCCCCUUUUACAGUGACCCAAAACCUCGCCAUCGCUCUCCGGUAUCUUCGACUGCCAGAAAAACCACGGAGAAUUUGGAUCGACGCUUUGUGCAUAAACCAAGAGGACACCAAUGAGCGAAAUAGUCAGGUCAGCAUGAUGGGCGAGAUCUAUAGGUGUGCAAGCCCGGUAUUGAUAUGGCUUGGCGAGUCUUCAAAAGAUACUGAUGAGGCAUUUGCCUUGAUAUCUCAUGUCUACAAAGAACAUGACAUUACCAAGGAGAUGUCUCGACUGCUUUUCUCUUUCUAUAUACAACUUGUAGGAAGAGAGUGGUUCACUCGCCUUUGGACUAUCCAGGAACUCGUCCUCGCUAAACAAGACCCCCUCAUAGGAUGCGGACUUUCCUGGACGACCUGGAGUACACUGUUUGGGGUGUGGCAAAGAGUAGCCAUGAAGGAAUUUUCGAAGAUGGGGAUGGUGAUGCUCAAAGAGGGGAGAAGUAACGAGGAUAAAGACAGCGUGAAUGUCGUAGUUCGUCCCAACGCCAUUAGAAUUGAUCUUCUCAACAAUCUACGAGUAGGAGUUGCUAGUAAAAGAGGCGAGGACUUACGGGACUUAUUGCUUAAUACAGUUUCUUCAAACGCAACUGAACCGAGAGACAGGAUAUAUGGCUUACUGGGUAUGCUAAGUGAACAAGAUAGGCAAUACUUCAAGGUAGACUACAACCGGCCUUUAGGAACUGUAUUUGCCGAAGCAGUGUCGCAUAUAUUCCAAAACGGCAAAGGGGCGUUUCUUCUUUCCGGCUUGAAGCUUGCAGGACCAAACUUUUCGGAUCCGUCUUUCCCUUCAUGGGUUCCGAAGUUUGGUACCAAAUCACUUCUUAGCCCAUCUCGCUUCCACCCUGCUGGAAUUGGGGCUUCGGGCUCAGGUAGUGAUGCAAUUAACGGAGAAGUGGAUUCAAAUCUACAAACACUUCGUAUUCGAGGUCUGCCAGUCGAUAUUAUUGUUGAUAAGAUCGUAUUUGGCGAAUCAGUGAACCCUUUGGCUCACUUACCUCGGGUUGAAUCUUUCGCCAACAAGGCUCGCGAACUUGCAGCUUCCUAUUCCACAACCCGACCACAUUUGCACGCUUUCAAGACCAGCGAACCACUCUGGCGGACGUUGAUAGCAAACAAAGCAUACUCGGGAGCAACCCGCGAGUCCGCACCCGAAUCUUACAGUGAAAUGUACGAGAAAAUACUGGAAAACCCACUAAGCGAGAGCGAUGAAAGCGUUCGGGAAUACCGAUUGAGUCUGUUAAACCAUUUGCCGUCUUCCUGUUUUUUCAUCACAGCAACUGGAUUCUGUGGAAUCGGGCCUGAUAUCAUCGAAAAAGGAGAUCACUUAGCUAUUUGGUUUGGGGCUCCAGCACCAUUCAUUCUAAGACAAUACGCACGCGCUCAAAACGAUCAUGAGAAACAGGUUUACUCUGUCUGCGGGGUAGCAUACGUUGCUGGAAUUAUGGAGGUAUGUGUUCUCUAAUUUAUUGCCUCCCUUUCUGCAUUGUUCGACGGCGACAGAGAUAUAUUUAAGCAAGUCUUAAUUCCUCCAAAAUCUAUCACGUAACUCGAAAAUGUUAUGUAAUUUAGCAUUACUGACUCCGGUAUCUUUUCUAGGGUCAGAUGGUGGAUGAGGUGUACUGCGAAGAUUUGGAGAACGACAUUAUGUUUGUUGUUAGAUAGGGUUCCCGCUGAGUAUCUGUCUUUAUGCUACGAGGCAUACCGGGUUGGUAUUUCAAGCGAUUUGGUUGUUCCUCUCUGCUAUUGCCUCGGUUUAUCUUUUCGGGGAUGAUAACGAUAGAUCAGUAGAAAGCUUCUCAAGGGAUAGAAUAGCAG